GGGAAAAAUACCCAAACCGUGAUCGAUCAUCGGGUCAACAUCCUGCUCCUUGGAGAUUUCGAAUCACCUGUUAUCACCCCCGCACUGUAAAUCUUUCUUUCCAUUAUUAUUACUACUCUGCCCUCCCAAAUCCACAAAACAAUUCGCCGUUCUUCCUCAGUUCUAUGUGCAAUUCAUACCCUCCACUCUUCCAUUUUGAAAACAUAAAAGAUUAAAAAGUAAAUUUAAGCAAGGAAAGAACUUGGCACAGUUGGGACAAGGACCUGCCAUUGAUCAUCCCAAUGGCAAACCGGCCUACUCGUUCAAGGAGACAGGUGUCGUCUUCUCAGCAGCCAGAAUCACAAUCAAGGGCAAAGUGGAAUGCUCACCUCACUAAUAUAUUGGUGGAGCUGAUGGUAGAGCAAGCUCGGAUUGGAAAUAAACAAAGCAAAUUCUUUAACAAGGAAGCGUGGAAGUUCAUCUGCGACGAAUUCCAUAAAGAAACCGGUCUCCCGUGGGACCAGGAGCAGUUGAGGAGCCGGUAUACUGCUCUUAGGAAGCAUUAUGCCAUUGUAAGGUCAAUACUUGAUCAGGGUGAUUUCAAGUGGGAUGAGUCAACCGGUGCCAUCAUUGCCACAAAUGAAGCAUGGGAUGCAUACAUCAAGGAACAUCCAGAUGCAGAGAUUCUAAGGAGUACAGGCUGCCCAACCUACAUGCAGUUGCGCGCAAUCUUUGCUGAGACCAACAAGACAAAAGGGAAGCCAAAUGGAUCCACUACUACUACAGGGAAGGAGCGGCCCAUUGCUUCACAACCCUCAACUGUGUUUGAUGACAAGGUUUCAUCCUCCGGAUCCGAAGAAGAAGCUGACGUGGCAGACGAGGACGACAAGCCUCACCCAACCAACACAUCUGCAAAAACCAGCAAGAAAAAAGGGCGCAAGGGGUUUGACGAUUUCAUUGCAAAAGCUAUAUCAGAGAUGGCUGCUGCUUCAAGGCUCAGGGCAGAUGCCAUCAACAAGCACAAUGAGAAGUACACCAUAGCUGAUUGUGUUAGAGCUUUGGAUGAGUUACAAGGUGUGGAUGACCAAGUCUAUCUUGCUGCUUUGGAGCUGUUUAACCGUAGGAUAUCCAGAGAGAUAUUUUUGUCGCUUCAACCUGGGAAGAGACUCACUUGGUUGCACUGCAAAGUUGCGCCGUCUAUGGAGGCAGUGUGGCCUACUCCCAGUUCUUUGUAAGAUUUAUCUUAAUAGUCAUUUAUUGCAAAUGUUGAAGAAAAUUCAAGCUUACAUGCAGGACUUUAGAUUUCUCUUCGACGUAUAGCUAAUGUAGAGAGAGUUAGAUCUCAAAAUUUUGCUUGUUACGCAAUUUUAAAUGAGAUACGGGAACCAAUGCUUAGCUUACGCGUCUAGUUUUCAUGUGUAAGUUGUAAACAAGAAAGAGAAGAUUCGUCU